UCAAAAUCCAAAUCCCACCUUCUCCUUCCAACACACAUUGCUUCAAUUCCAAUCAAAGAUGUCCACCGGCCAGGUAUCUUCCCUUUUGGCGCCUGUCGUCGCCCUCAAUAUCUGGACUUUCGUCAUGGAGGGCUGGAUGUACCAGGCACGGAUCCCAGUAUAUUCCAAGUUGAAUAUCAAAAACACUAUAACGAAGCGCGAACUCGAUGCGAUGACGCCGGCGAGUGUCCGAUGGAAGGGAGACAAUUACAACCAUCUCAUGGAACAACCAACCCAGUUUUACGCGAUAGCCCUCGUAUUGGCCCUGGCCGGCAAGGACGACAAGAUAGACAUUCUCCUGGCAUGGUCCUAUGUAGCCGUUCGAAUUGUGCACAGCCUGGUGCAGUCUACUAGCAACCAUAUCAUGAGCCGGUUUUCCAUAUUCGUGGUUUCUUCGGGGAUCCUGGCAGUUAUGACUGGACGGGCUGCGUUGCUUGUUUUCUGAGGAUUAGGGAAACAUGUACAGGAUCUGUGACUUAUAGAUGGCAGUCCGAGGAAGAAUAGUGAGCAUUUGGGGAAGCAUGUACAGUGGUAAUUUUGUAAGGUCUAAUCUUUGUGAGGCACACAAUCUCAACUCUUCUCCAUCAGUUUUGCCUCGAGAUCAGCGCAGGAAGCUAAGGCCGAUCAGAUGGACAAAAUAGGGUUAGUGUGAAACUUCGUAUACGAGG